CCGGAAAGGGCGGGGCAUGGUUCAACACGAACACAGUUGAGCGUGACACCCAAAACAAAAAGUUUUGACCAACCGCUGAGAAAACAAGCUAAAGUUACCUGUUGACUCCAUCACUGUUUUCAGGUGAGAGAAGAGACGGAACAUGUCCGAGCUGAGUGAUGAGGCCAGUGAGUCGGAGCAGCUGGGCGCCAGUCUCUCCAUGUGGCUGGGUGACUCUCUGGUGCGACCCGAGGAGCUGGAUGUCCCUCUGGACCUGCACACCGCCUGCUCCAUCGGCCAGUACGACGUGGUGGCGGAGUGCAUCAAAAAAAGGGAGGUGGACCUGAAUGGCAAGAAUAUUGGAGGAUGGACCCCGUUAAUGUACGCGUCUUACAUCGGUCACGACAACAUUGCAAAUCUCCUGCUUGAGGCCGGUGUGAAUGUAAAUGCCACCACUGCUAAAGGACUGACCCCCCUGAUGCUGGCAGCGAGCUGUGGAAAUGAAAGUAUCGCAUACUUUCUGCUUCAGCAAGGUGCUGAGCUGGAGCUGAAGGACUCUCGAGGCUGGACCGCUCUGUUCCACUGUACGAGCACAGGUCACCAGCAGAUGGUGAAGUUCCUGCUGGAUAACAAUGCAGAUGCCAACGUGAAGGAGCCAGGGUCUGGUUUCACUCCUCUGAUGGAGGCUGCUGCUUCUGGGCAUGAAAUCAUUGUUCAGUACCUGCUUGAUCAUAAAGUUAAAGUCGAUGACCGCAAUGCUAAAGGAGAGACUGCACGUGCCCUAGCCAUGAUGUACGGCUACACCAAGAUCGUCAGCCUCAUUGACUCCCGUUCUCCAAGGUUCAAAGCAGGACCCUUUGAAGACCUGAGCUCCUCCGAGGACUCGGACAGCGCACCACCGAGGAUAAGGCCGAGUCGUAACCGAGCUAAAGGCGCUAGCAUCCAUGAUGGGCCCCAGGCCAUCGCCAAGUUCCGAGUAGGAGGCCCCGGCAAACUGUGUGAGCCUCCCGCCGUGCCGCCGGGCUACAUGACCUUCCGUGAUAUCGGAGAACAGAGUGAGGAUAUCUGCUAUCGUGACGUGACCUCACCCAUCAAUGAGCUGGAUGGCCAGAGCAACAGCAGCAGAGACGACAGUCCGUUCUUUGACAAUGACAUGCCCACCAUGAGGAGCAGCAGUAGCAGCAGUGAAGGCCUGCCUCAUGGGAUUGCCGUUAAUUGGGAAGGCUCUGUGGAGAGUAACGAGGACUCUGACCAGAGCAAAAAAAGCAGCUCUCGCAGAGUAAAUAAGGGUCAUCACUCAAAAGGCAAGAGUCGCCACGGAAGCAACGAUGCGGCUCACACCAGUGGCACAGGGAACGGUGGGAUGCGGUCACAUGUUGUUGUUCCUCCGCCCUCCUACUCUGGUCCAAAGGAUCUGUCAGAGUUCUUGGAGCAAAUUGGCUUCUCCAAGUAUCUGCCCUUACUCGAGGAGCAAGACAUUGACCUGCGGAUAUUUCUCACCCUGACAGAGAAUGACCUCAAAGAAAUAGGGAUCACAUUGUUUGGACCAAAGCGAAAGAUGACCUCAGCUAUUGCAAGGUGGCACAGCAGCGCUCGACCUCCCAGCGAUGCUCUUGAGCAGGCGUACGCUGACCAGCUGGAGGCUGAGAUGCAGGAGAUGGCCAUCCAGCUACACAAACGCUGUGAGGAGGUGGAGAGCCUGCAGAGCCAGGUGUCUCAGGAGAAGGAGCUGCGUACUGUGAUGGAGGGAUGUCUCAUGGAGGACAAGAUGGCAUGGAGGAGGGUCCACACUGAGCUGGUGGAGAACCACCGGCUGGCCCAGGAAAUGAACGCCACGCUGACCAAUGCCAGAGCCUGCCGCUCUGAACUGCUCUCCUGUCUCCCCGCUGACGGGAACGGUAGCUUUUGUACUGCUGUGGAAGAUAAAACAAAAGGUGACACCGGUGUUAAUGCUGUGGGGGUCCCGACUCGCUCCAGUGUUGUAGAGCUAAUGAAGAAGUUGGAUUCCUAUCAAGAAGAACUGGCAGGGACCAUGCAAACUGUACUUCAGAGUCUGAGGCGACUGAGUGCCCCUGAAAAAGUCUCAGAUAGCUGGGAAAGGCCUUAACAAUUUACAAGGGGCUUCUGCUUAUGUUGACGGAGGGUGAGUUUACCACCCUGAACAAUCUCAAUGAAAUGGGAGAAGGCCAAAGACAAGGCCAGCCCUGCCGGACCAGAACAGCUCGGGGAGUGAAGCGGCUGACCAGCUGCUCUUCGGGGAUUGGCUGAUGGACCAGAGCUCGCCAGAGGCAACGGCAGCUGCUGCAGGGAAACGACAAGCAGGCAGGAAGGGUAUCUGACCCUCAAACGCUUGUGCUGGUGUAUACUGGACUCCUGUAGCUGCGUUGUGAAAAUGCACAGAGAGGAGGAGGAGGAGGAGGAGGAGGAGGGACUGAUCGGCGCAGCUCUCUACUGUGGAUCAGAGGCUGUAAUACUGUGAAGUGUUUCUACAAAACUGUACUCUCUUCUGAUAUGAAAUACGGUUUAAAUUAUGUUCACGCCACCAGAUAAAGAGGUACGCUUCUUAACAGUAGUGUAGUAGUCUGCGUAGUUAAAAUAAGUUCUGCUGAGCUCUACUUUAUGAUUUGAAUGAAAUCUUAUUUGUAUGCUGUUAAUAGGUUUGAAAAUGUCCUGCUGAAUGCAUUUUGAAAAGUUGAGGAAUCCAGAUAAGAGAAAUGUCUGAACCCUGUCAGUUUUUCUUUUACAGCCAGGUCUUCUUUAUCCUUUAAUUCUGUGGACAUUCACACAUGUAAAUGCAGAGUUAUGAUUAAAAAUAAAGUAUUUUAAUCUCAGAUUAUUGGCCACAAUUUCAGAGCAAAACUUAAGCAUUCCCAGUUGUAUUCCCACCUGAGCAAAACCAACAUUUUCUAUUUGUUUUAAAUCGACAGAUACACAACAGUUCAUUUGUCUUAAAUUUGAAUGUAUUUCAGGUUGUUAUCAGACAUUAAAGCAGCAGAUUAUUAAAAAAAAAAAAGUCAACUUUUUGUUAAUUUUGAUUUAUAUUUUAACCACAAAUAGAUGAUCACAUGACAAAAACAGACAGAAAAUGUGUCAAUACCAGAAACCAUUUCCAGGACCUUAAACGGGAACCCAGGAAUCUGUUAAUUUUGUGGAAGUGAUAUUUGAAGGUUUGAGAAGUAAAAACUUAAAUAAAAGUAUAAAAUUAAAACAUGAAUCUUGUAUAAGAAUUAAUAUCCAUUGUUGGAGCUUAAGUGCAGCAGUGGGCAACACUAAUAUUUUACACUUCGGUUGAGUUUAACAUUUAUAAAUGCUUUAUUUUUUACUUGCUCAUUGGGCUCUGCAUUAGAUCACUUGACACGUGUGGAGAUUUAUGAAUGAUAUUAAGAGUGUGUGUGAUUCCUUGACACUCCAGGGAUGUUUGAUCUAAUCAUGUGGUUCAGAUGAGUCUCACUCUAUGGGUUUGGUCAAUAUUUAAUCCACUAACACCACAUGGUAGUAACUGUGCAGACUGAGCCUGGGGUCAGGGAUUCCCCUCCCGAUUGUUGGGAUGUCCUCACGUGGAGUACAUCUGAAAAUGCUCCAUUACGCCCGGAGCCUUGGCUGUAAAUCGAUGUGAUGACAGUCGCUGCUCAGUAACAGCCUUGGCAUGAUACGGAUGUUGGCUGACUUUAGCUAUCGCAGCUGAUCCAGAUAAACCCGCCUCAGGCCUGCAGGUCUUUAAAUGAGCACAUACUCCGCCCAGCUCAUACAUCACCGCUCUGUACUUAUGAUUGACAGGACAACUGCAAGUGUAUUAAUGACUAUAUUAAUAACUAUACUUCUAGGGAUGAUUACUGCUGUCAUUUUAUAUAAACCUGACAUAAGGAAUGAUGAGGAACAAGUGACAAAGUCUUGAUCUUUUCUUUCAGAUUAGCAUUUUAGUUUGUGUCCUGUUCAAUAUUGAGGGAAUAUCACUCAUUUGAGCUUUGAAAUUUGAAGUUUUUAUGACUGUGCUGCUUUGUAGGGUUAUAAUUUUCUAACUUAACAUCCAUUCUGAAAUCUGAAAGCACCAGAAUACAGGAUGAAUAUGUGUCACUAAAACAAAGAUGAAUUUCAGUGUUGACUGUCCAGGUGCCAGAGGAUUAUAAUCUGUAUCAUCUGUUGCUGAUUUACAAACACAUGAGAUGCUGAGUGGCAUCUGUGCCCAAAUAAACACAAUCAGUGUUGAAAGUGAGACUGGCCUGAUGAAACAUUUUGCACCUCUCAGUGAUAAUUUACACAUCUCGUGUAAAAGUCUGCCAGUGAAACUGACAACCAGAUUGUAAAAUUAUCCAUCCAGUUGCCAUCAG